AUGACGUAAUAUAUGCGCCAGUGUAUACAUGUGGAUUUGUGUUGCUCACUUCAUUACCCUGAUUGUUUUAUCUCUGAGUUGGUGUGAAACGUUUGGAGUAACGGCGCUUAUGUAUGUCUAAGAAGGAUCGUUUAGGCUGAAUUUUAAAGUUAAGAAUUCCAACUGUCUUUAAAUGCAGCUGGUUAAAACGAGCUAACAUCAACAGAGCAGCACAAACACAGCAGAAUUGCCCAGAUGGCUGAUGACACAGUGAAAAGUGAAGCUCCAGCCCCACAGGAGGAGGAAAAUAGAGAAAAUGGCAACAGUCCGCAGACAGAGACCGGUAACGGAGGAGCUGCAACACAAAACCUGUCCAAAAGACAGAGGAAGAAACUUCUGAAGCAGCAGAAAUGGGAGGAAGAGAGAGAGCUACGAAAGCAGAAAAGAAAAGAAAGGAAGCAGCAGCGUCGUCAGCAGAGGCAAAAUAACCCUGAAGAGGAGGGAGGAGAGGCUCAGAGCUUCAGGAAACGUCCACGCAGGGAGGUGACACCCAGCUCGCUCAGGCUGGUGGUGGACUGCAGCUUUGACGACCUCAUGUUGAUCAAGGAUGUCCGAAAGCUUCACAAACAGAUCCAGAGGUGUUACGCUGAGAACAGACGAGCUUUACAUCCUGUUCAGUUUUAUCUGACGAGCAUCGGAGGACAGCUGAAACAGAGCAUGGAUGAGAAGGACAAAGGAUGGGUGAACUGGAAGGACAUCCACAUUAAAACGGAGCACUACAGCGACCUCGUAGCAAAGGAGGAUCUAGUGUAUCUGACGUCAGACUCUCCAAACGUGCUGGAGGAGCUGGACCAAAAGAAGGCGUACGUGAUCGGAGGAUUAGUGGACCACAACCACCAUAAGGGAAUCACAUUUGAGAGAGCGAAGGAGCUGGGGAUCGAACACGCUCAGCUUCCUCUGAGCAGUUUUGUCAAGAUGAACAGUCGCAAAGUACUGGCAGUCAACCAUGUGUUUGAGAUCAUCCUGGCGUAUUUGGAGAAAGGUAGCUGGAAGGACGCCUUCUUCACCGUGCUGCCUCAGAGGAAAGGAGCGGUUGCCGUUGACCAGGACGGUGGAAACACUCAGGAGAAAGCAGAGGAAGACUCCGGCUCUGAUUCUGACGAUGAUACAGCAGAACAAACUGCGAAAGAGCCAAAAACAUAAUUAAAAUGGACAUGUUCAGUUUAGAUUAAUUGAUGCUGAGGCUGCUCUCUAAGGAGGAAUGUUUCUGUUAAAGACGCCUCUUCUGGUUCUGAUGUUGAUUUUUUUAAAAGAUAUUUAUUGACAUUUUUACUUUGUGCCUCCUCCUGUUAUGGAUAAUAUUUUACUUUAAAUAUACCUUUUACCUAUGUUUCAAGUUAAAGAUGAACAUACAAUUGAGAUCUAGAUGUGUAACAUGAUUGUUUUUUCCUUUAUUUUUGCCAAAGUUUAAAUGUUUGACUGGUUCCAGGAGGAUUUAUUUCAAAGAAAAGCUCAAACGAUCAAAUGACUGUGAUUAUUACGGUUUCUAUAUUUUCUUUAACAUGAAAUUAUAAAAAUGAAUGAAUAUAAAACUU